AUGCAAAUGCAACUUCUCAACAGUGACAAAGUUGUAAUCUUUGAUCAAACGAAUUUUGGUCCAUCCAACAUCUCACUUCCAAAUGGGAAAUGCUUGAAUGAAGCAAACAACCUUGCCCCGAAAACUGAUUGCGCCACCCACUCAGUGGAAUACAACAUCGCCGCCAACUCCAUCCACCCCCUCAUGGUCCUCACUAACACAUUGUGCUCCUCCGACGCCGCCAUGCCUAACGGAACUUUAGUGAAAACGGGUGGUUUUAACGAUGGUGACCACAAUGUCAGGACCUACAAACCAUGUACUGAUGAUUCUUGUGACUGGCAAAAAAAUUACAAUGUCCUUAAACAAAGAAGAUGGUACGACAAGGUGGGAAUUUGGUUGAAAUUCGAUUUUGUCACCAAUUAUUUACAACCCUGA